AUGGUCAGGAGCAGGAGAUGGUCAGGAGUGGUCAGGAGCAGGAGAUGGUCAGGAGCAGGAGAGGGUCAGGAGAUGGUCAGGAGCAGGAGAGGGUCAGGAGUGGUCAGGAGCAGGAGAUGGUCAGGAGCAGGAGAUGGUCAGGAGCAGGAGAUGGUCAGGAGUGGUCAGGAGCAGGAGAUGGUCAGGAGUGGUCAGGAGCAGGAGAUGGUCAGGAGUGGUCAGGAGCAGGAGAUGGUCAGGAGCAGGAGAGGGUCAGGAGUGGUCAGGAGCAGGAGAUGGUCAGGAGCAGGAGAGGGUCAGGAGUGGUCAGGAGCAGGAGAGGGUCAGGAGCAGGAGAGGGUCAGGAGUGGUCAGGAGCAGGAGAGGGUCAGGAGUGGUCAGGAGCAGGAGAUGAGCAGGAGAGGGUCAGGAGUGGUCAGGAGCAGGAGAUGGUCAGGAGCAGGAGAGGGUCAGGAGUGGUCAGGAGCAGGAGAGGGUCAGGAGCAGGAGAUGGUCAGGAGUGGUCAGGAGCAGGAGAUGGUCAGGAGUGGUCAGGAGCAGGAGAUGGUCAGGAGUGGUCAGGAGCAGGAGAUGGUCAGGAGCAGGAGAUGGUCAGGAGCAGGAGAUGGUCAGGAGCAGGAGAUGGUCAGGAGAUGGUCAGGAGCAGGAGAGGGUCAGGAGCAGGAGAUGGUCAGGAGUGGUCAGGAGCAGGAGAGGGUCAGGAGCAGGAGAGGGUCAGGAGCAGGAGAGGGUCAGGAGCCGGCAGAUAGCUGA